CCAAAACCGAAGACGCUGACAUCCAUUCAUCACCUCUGAGUGUAAUCUUAUCGGGCAGUCGAUAACUAAAACCCAAAACUCACACUUUAGCCCUUCAAAUAUUAUGAUACAUUGAGAUUAAUGCAAUAUUGGUUUGAAAGUAAAUCAGUGUGCUGCGAUAAUAUUUUUACCGAGCGAGCGAAGCAAGCGAGGUCUACAAAUCAACUUGGGGCAAAAAUACAUUUUAUGUAAUUUUUGUAACGUGAUAACUUAAGAACCUUAUGGUGUGAUUUUGAUGAAAAUUAAAAGCUGCGUGGUGCCCGAAUGCGAAGGCUGGCCCUCGCAGGAACAGUUCAGCAACGAGACCGCUUGGGCGCUGCUGCCCAACGCCACCUGCCAGCGUUACCAACCGAGGCACAACGGCUCCCUCGGCUCCUGUCUGCCGCACGAUUACAGCCAACACUUGCAGGAAUGCGAGGCAAGACUCUAUGAAAAUCAAUAUACUAUUUUUUCUGAGUUCGACCUGGGCUGCCGGCCGUGGCUGCGCACGCUGGUGGGCUCGGUGCGCAACGCCGCGUUGCCGUUCGCGUUGCUGCUCACUGGAUACGUUUCAGACCUCUGGGGCCGUCGCACCGCGUUCUGCAUAUUCUCCGGGUGCGCAGGCGCACUGGGCAUCGUGAAGGCGCUCUCCAUCAACUACGACAUGUACAUCAGCAUGGAGUUCUUCGAGGCCAUGCUCGGGUACGGGUUUAACAGCGCCGGAUAUGUCAUGAUGGUGGAACUGGCGCGGCCAAACGUGCGGGCUGCGUUCGCGUGCGCGACAGGCGUGGCGUACGGGCUGGGCGGCGUGCUGUUCGCGCUGGCGGCCUGGGCCGUGCCGCACUGGCGCCGGCUGCUGCUGACCGUGCACGCGCCGGCGCUGCUGCUGCCGCUGUACUGGCUGCUGCUGGACGAGAGCCCGCGCUGGCUGCUAGCCAGGGACCGCGGCCCGGAGCUCACCACGGUCUUGAGGAAGGUGGCUCGAGUCAAUAAAGUCGUCCUAAGCGAUGAUGUCAUGAAAACGUUAGAAAAAGACAGCGCCGAAGAAACGUCCAAAACUGAAGGAAACCCUUGGCUGCGACUGAUCAAAUCCCGCGUGCUCCUGGGGAGGUUCCUCCUCUGCGGCUGGUGCUGGGCCGCUUGCUCGUUCGUGUACUACGGCCUCAGCAUCAACUCCGUGUCGCUGGCCGGCCAGAGACACGUCAACUUCGCUCUCAACAUGGCCAUGGAGAUCGUGGCGUCGUUACUGCUCAUGAUGCUGCUGGAGCGCGUUGGGCGCAAGCGCACAGUGUUCCUAUCUUUCCUGCUCUGUGGCGUGGCUUGCGUCGUGCCCUUCUUCAUCUCGCAUUCGGGCGCAAGCCUAGGCCUGUUCUUCUUGGGCAAGCUGGCCAUCACGUGCGCGUUCAACUCCCUCUACGUGUUCACAGCGGAGCUAUUCCCCACGCAUGCGCGGAGCUCUGCGUUAGCCGCCACGUCGUUGGUCGGACGAGUCGGUUCUAUCCUCGCACCGCAGACACCACUGCUAAGUGGGUUCGUGCAAGCGGCGCUGUACGGAGGCUGUUCGCUGUCAGCCGCUCUGUUGGUGUUGCUGGUCCCGGAGACGCGGCGCGCGGCGCUGCCGCAGAGCGUGGCGGCGGCGGAGCGGCUGCGCGCGCCCGCGGCGCCGCCGCCCGCGCCUCCGCCACCGCCGCUGCCGCCUGUGCUCUCGGCCUACACGUGACUAGCGGAGACAACCUCCUGAAAAAACUUAUUCCAACAUGGGAAAUAGAGAUCAUUAAUUAUUGUAUUGGAAGAGCAAGUGCUUUUCGAUCUCCCGGGGAUUGAAAUACUAGAUCCCAGUGGAACGAGUGAAAAAUAACUAUGGUGAGCCUCGAGUCGUACUCUUCUUAAGUAUUAUCUUCUGAAGUGAGGGACCAGCACCUAUUUUUAAAUUACAGAUAGAGCCUAUUCUGCCUUUUAGGUGUAAGGACUCUUAAAAAUCUCUGUCACUAAUAAUACUUCAAUAAGUUUGUGAUUGUACAACUUUGUGUCAGAACAUAGAACGAUGAUAAUUAUGAAAUUACCUAUAGGUAGUACUUAAAUAAAAUUGUGCUGUGAAAAAUUUAGAUCACCUAAAUGCUCGCUUAUCAAUGUAGUUGUUCACUGUACCCACUAGCUAUAAUGGUAUGGGUAAGUUAGGUAAGAAAAUCUACUUUUGUGUUAAGUCCGUAAUAAAUAAUCUUAAUUACUGUGUUUUGUGCUUGUGGUAAUAUCAAUUACAUCACAGAUCGUUUGUAAAUAAAUUAGGUAUUGCAAUAAAAUUAUUUUGUAUAAUGAAGAAUGGUUUUUACUUAUGUAGGUACCCAAAUGUUCGUCUAUACUUUACAUCUUAUAUGUUGUUAGUUAAAAAGGAAAGAAUUUAUAACCAAGGACACUUUGUUGAGAAACUACUACUUUAAGU